CAGACACCACAUGCCUGUGCGGUCUAUGACUGGUUGCGUUUGCUUGGCGCGGGCUCGGCUCGGCGCGCCGUGCAUGCGUUUAUAGCCUUCUCUGUGCAGCCGACUGUAGAACUGCGAAGCUUGCAGGCAGGCCAGCCGUGCGGUCCGGGAGGGCCUCGACCUUUUUGGGGCUCACGAGCUCCAGGCUCCGAGAGACCUGCGACACGCUAUCGCUAUCAGUUGCAAACUGCAGCGUCGCAGCAGCAGCGCGAAGCAGCAGCCAGUAGCCGCGAAGCCCCUUAGCAGCGUGCCUCGACAGCCACAAGCCCGCGAACUUCACGGCCGCAGCACGCGCCCGAUAUCGUCAUCGUCUCGCGCUAGCUCAUCGCCAGCUCGUCAGUUGCUUUAUUUGCAGCAGACAUGCUCGGCGCCGGCACCUUCCUGCUUCCAGACCCAGCGGCUCCGGGGCAGCCUAGGCAGCCAGCCGCAGGUGUGACGGGCGCUGCGGCGGUGGCGGUGGCGGGAGCGGCGGCGGUGGUGCGACGCCGACGCACAGCCCCUCCGAUGCUCUCGCCAGCGCUGCUGCCGGUGCAGUGCAUGCCCCGCGCCCUUGUCAUUGCGGGUGGCGGUGGCGGUGGCCGCGGUGCCGCUGGCGGCAGGGGUCGGCCGCCGCUGCCGCUGCCACCGCGUGGGUCGUUGCCACUGCCCGCAGCAGCCACGUCGCAAUGGAGCAGCCGCCACAUGCGGACUGGGAAGCAGCGGGGCGGCUUGGUGGCACCAGCGCCGGCGCCAGCAGGAGGGGCAGCGCGCUGCGCGUCGCCGUACCAAAAUGCGGCCGCUACUGCCGACCCCACCAGCCCUAGCAGUAGCAGUAGCAGGGCGGACAGCAGCCAUCCAACUGCGCACGGCGCGGCGGCGGUUGGACCCAUAGCAGCAGUAGCAGCAAUCCCGGCAACCUCGAGUGCAGCAGCGGCAGAAGCCGUGUCGCGCACUUCCGCCGCCGCCGCCGAUGCAAACGGCGCCGCCGCCACCGCCGCGGCGGCCGCGAUGAUAGCGGCCGCCAACACGCGACGUUUUUCAGAUCUGGAUCCAAGCUUGCUGCCGCCGCCGCCGCCGCCGCUGGGCGUAGCCGCCAUCCAUGAGUGGGCGGGCAUUAUGUCUGGACUGCCGUACCUGCUGGUCCAGCAGAUCCAGAUCCAAUCCCAGAUCCAGGUUUCGCCAGCUGACCCGGAGGCCGAGGCGGUUGAAGGGAUUGGCGGUUGGGGGCAACGGCAGCUGGCUGAGGCGGCUGCGGAGGCGGCUGCGGAGGCAUCAGGCCGGGACAUGGGCGCAGGUGCUCAGGUGGAGGCGGGGGCAGAGCUGGCAAACGCUGGCGCCGCAGCCGUCGCUGACCCAGUUCCGGACCAGGCCAGUUCUAGCAGCUGCAGUACCAGGGCUGCGGUGGUAGGGCCUUUCGCGCCUGCAGUGUCAGCGGCCAAUGACGCCGCCAAGGCGGCGGCCGGCUAUGCAGCGGCCGCCGCGGCGGCCGCCGCCGCGGCUGCGGUGGCGGUGGAAAGGGCGGUGGAGGUGGGGAGCGCGAUGGCGAUAGCGCAGGCGCGGGAGAGCGCAGCGGAUGCGGCGGCGCUGACGGGUGACGUGGCGGUGGCGGUGCUGCUGUUGGCCAUGAUUGCGGCGGUGGUGGAUGUGGUGGUGGACACGGCGGCGGGCGGCGCUGGCGCUGCAGGUGCCGUACUGGUUCCGGAGGCGCCGGAGGCGCCGGAGGCGCCGGAGGCGCCGGAGGCGGCUGGUGCUAGUGCUGGCGGCGCGGGUGCCGUAUGGCUGCCGGAGGCGGUGGGCGGUGGUGUCCCUCGUGACGCAGAGGCGGCGGCGGCGGCGGCGGCGGCUGGUGGGGCCGUGGCGUUGAAGUCGGCCACUGCUGGUGAGGCAGGCAAAGGCGGCCGUGUGGUUGUGGAGGGCCGCGGGCCAGCCGCACAUGCCGGCGCAGCAGGUGUCAGUGGUGGUGGCGAUGUGGGUCGGGCAGGGGCAGGGGCUGUGGUGGCAGCGCCAGGCAUCGGCCGGGCCAGGUCGGGCGGGCAGGGCGGCGGCGUGCCAGCAAUGUCAGGUGCGGCAGCAGUAGCACCAGUGGGCCCUGGCAGUAGCAGCACUGGCAGUAGCACUGCCGCGGCGGGCACCGGCCAUGAACAGCAGCAACAGCCGCAGCCACCGUCACAGGGCUGGAAGCAGCAGCAGCCACAGCAGGAGGUCCGGGCGGUCGGCGGCACGGGCGGCUGGCUGCAGGGUGGUGUGGGGCGGGUGGGGGGCGUGGGGCAAGGCGCGGCGGGCACGCCUGCUACUGCAGCAGCAGCGGCUCUAGCACUGGCUGCUACAGCCGGUGGGAUGAAGGGCGCCGUGCCUCGCCCCAUGGAGCCGGCGCGUGCGGCUGCGACUGCUACUGCCGGAGCGCAGCCGCGCCCCGCUGCCGUCAGCAGCAGCGCCGCUAUGGAUGUAGUGGAGGCUGUAGCUGGCCUGGGCGGCAUCGCCAGCAUUGCCGCCGGCAGCGCUGGCGCUGACAGUAGCGGGCCAUCGCCCGCCCAUGGUGAUGAGGACGCAGCUGCGGCCGAGGAGGUCACAGCAGACGUGUUAGUGGGGGUCACACCCAGCGCCGACCACGGCAGUAGCGCCACCAUCAGCACUGCCACCGCUGCGCCGGCCCCACCAUCACUCUCACCACCAUCGGCCCCACCAUCACCAUCACCACCAGCGGCUCGCCUGCUGCCGCGGCUGCCUCACCUGCUGGGGCCGCUAGAGGUGCUGCUGCAGGCGCUGCUGCGGCCGCCGCUAGCCUCAUUCCACUGGCUGCAGCAGCAGCUGGCGGCGCUGUGGCAGCAGCAGCAGCAGCAGGCGCCGCCGCCGGCUGCUACAGCCGCUGCUGCUACUGCGGUCGCCUCUGGCGGCGUGGGCCUGCCGGCGGCGGGGUGGGUAGACGAUGGAUGGGUACGGCACAGCGCAGCUUUCCUGCUGCUGCAACACAGGUUCGAACGGCUACAGCUGGCGGCGUACCGUGACCGGGAGGCGGCGGAGGCGGCGCAGGUGGCGGCGGAGGCGGAGGUGGAGAGACGUCAGGCGAUGUGGAGGCAGCAACAGGCGCGGCGGGAGAGUGUGUGGUCCAGGUCACUGCAGCAGUCCCGAGCGCGGCAGCAGGAGCUGGAGCAUCAAGUCCAGUCACUCAGCGAUUGGAAGAGGAGUGCUGUGGCGAAGCUGGAGCAGGCGCAGGCCCGGAACCGUGAGCUGCAGGCGGCGUGUGACCACGAGCGCGCGGAGGCCGUGGCCGCGCGGCAGGAGGCAGCCAAGGCGCGGGCGGAUGCGUUGGCGCUGCAGGACGAGCUGACGGCGCUCGGGGUGUCGUUCGGCGGCCUACGCCGCGAAAACGAAGAGCUGCAAGACCGUCUGGAGGCCGCGCAGGAGGAGGCGGCGGCGGCGGCGGCUGCUGAAGGAGCGGCCGCGGCCGCACCCGACCACCAUCACCACCACCACGACAGCAGCGGCAGGGCUGCUGGUGCGGCUGCUGCCGAGGCAGCGGCGUCGGCGGCGGCGUGUGAGGAUGGGGACGUGGGUGACACGCACGUGGGCUACAGCGCCGCCGACCUGAGGGUGGAGCUGCUGGCGGUGUCGCAGUCGGCGCUGGACGUGGCUCACGCCCUGCUGGGAACCCGUUCCUCGGCGUUUGUGGUCGACGGCGACGGUCACGGCGAUGGCGCUGACCCAAGCAGCAGCAGCAGCAGCAGCGGCGGCAGUGCGCCACCGCCACCGCCACUGCCCGCGCUGCUGCCCCUCCUGCGGCGGCGGCUGUGCUGGCCGCUUGUGGAGGUGCCACCGCUGGUGCGCCCCAGCCCCGUGUCCGCCCCCACGCCGACGCCCUCGCCCUCGCCCGCCCGCGCGCCCGCCGCAGCCGCGUACGGCGGGCCUGGCGUUGGCGCUGCUGGGUUCUAUGCUGCUGGCACCGGCAACCACCCGCGCCAGCACUUCCAGCAGCCUCAGUGGCCCCAGCAACCGCAACCGCAACAGCGACCGCAACCGCAACAGCAGCAACAGGACAGCAGUGGGCGGCGGCAGCAGCAGCCUCAGUCGCCUUCUCGGGCGGCGGAGCCCGCGCUGCUCACACCACGGACCCGCAGUCGCUGUCUGCCGGUGAAGCGCGUGCUGCAGCUGCAGGCGCGGAGGCAAGAGCGGCAGCAGCGACAGGAGCCACAGCAACAGCAACAGCAACAGCAGCAGCAACAGCAACAAGGGCAGGCGCACCCGGACUAUCUCCACCACAAUCAACAACCUCAGCUGCUCCCCCGACCCCAGCAGCCCCAGCACCCCCAGCGGCACCAGCAGCCGCGGCUGCAGCGGCCGGACCCGCCGUCGCAGUGUUUGCAGCAGCAGCCGCAGUCACCUCUCGCCUCACGCCCACACCAGCCCCAGCUCCCACAGCCCCAUCCCCCACACUACCAGCAGUGGCCGCGCGACCAGCGCCGCCGCCGGCUGCAGCCGCUGGUGUUGCCGGACCAUGACGAUCGCUUGGCUGCUGAGCUGGCGGCGCAUGGGCUGAUGCACUGGCUCGCGACGCACGUGUGGGCCGACCCGCUACAGUGCCUGGGGCUGGGCAUGGGGCUGCAGCCGGGUGCGGGUGGCGGCGCUCGCGGCGGUGGUGCGGGCGGUGUUGGUGAGGGGUGGGAGGAGGAGGCGAUGGCUGGCGAGGCCGAGGCCGUGCUUACGGCCGAGGUUACGGCCGAGUUGGGUGCGGUGGCUUGGCAGCAGCUGGCGGACCUGCGCAGUGGCGAGGCUCGUGCCUGGUGCGAGCGGCUGCGGGCGCUGCUCCAGGCCGAGGACCAGCAGGCCUGGCGGCAGCAGCAGCAGGCGCGGCACGAGCAGGAGCAGCGGCAGAAGCAGAGGCAGGCGUGGGCCGGCCAGAACGGACACCGGGGUGGCGAAGGUGCCGGUCGCGACGGCGACGGAGGCGGCGCCGCAGCGGCGCUGCUGGCGGCAUACGAUGAGGUCGACCGGGUCCUCCUGCGGGCUGUGGACACGCUGUCGUGCCGCAUGGCGACCUGGGUGUUGCGGCUGGGCGGCGGCGGCGGUGGCGGCGGCGGCGGCAAUGGCGGUGGUGGCGGCGGCGGCGGUGGCAAUGGCGGCGAUGGCGGCGGCGCAGGCAGCUAUGCAGCAUCAGCGGCAAGUGGUCGGUCACCGUCGCCAAGGUUUUUGGAAGGGUCGUCCCGAGGCCGCACAGGCUCCGUAGCUGCCGCGCCGCCGCCGCCGCCGCUGCGGCCGGCGCACAAGCAGCCGCAAGGCUGCAUCUCACAUGCGGCACCGCAGCGGCAGCAGCAGGUGCUGCAGGAGCGCCCACGGCAGCAGCAGCGGCAGCGGCGGCUGCAGCAGGUGGCGGACGCGGUGCGGCCGCUGGUGCGGUCGGCUCUGGCGGCGGCGCUGGCGGUGGAGGCGGCGCGGCCGGGCCAGCGGCUGCUGCUUUCACCCGCGCUGGCGCUUGCGCGGCGGGGCGCCGCUGGCAUUGAUGCUGUUGCUGGCGCUUUUGACCCUGGGGCUGGUGCUGGGGGAGAUGAGGAGGGCGACGGUGAGGAGUGGGAGGAUGAGACAGUGACGACGGGGCAGCGCGGCAGCUGGCAGCAGCUGGCUGGUGCGCACGGCGCGGAACUGGACUGCGGCCGCCGCGCCGCCACCGGGCCCGGCGCUUCUGCUGGCGAUAACCUCUGCGGCGGCGUCGGCGGCAGCAGGUGGGGCUUGGAGUCCGCCGGCUUGGCGGCGGCAGCGGCUGCUUUGGCUGCUAGCAGCGGCAGCGGCAGCGGCAGCGCUCACGGCUUCAAGGUGGUACGACACCUGACCUGUGUGGCCGGCAGCACUGCUAAUGGCUGCAAUGGCAGCGGCGCCACCGCCGCCGUCGCCCAACGCCACGAUCAGGAUCGCAGCUAUGCCGAUGGCGACGGCGGGGAUGAGGACGGCGGGUAUUGCGAGAAAACAGCAGCAGGAGCCUGGGGGGCAGGAGCUGGUGGAAGCCGAUACGAGCAAGAUGCUGAUGAUGAUGAUACUGAUGAUGAUGGUGUGGAGGAUGGCACUGGGCCUGCUGAGGCGGAGGCGGGGGCUCUGGACUCGGUGGAGUGGGAGGCGCAGCGGCGCUGGCCGGGUGUGGCUCGCCGCGUUGCGGCUGGCGCCGCCGCUGCUUCCUCCGCAGCGCGUGGCAGCGCCAUCGGAAUGGGCAGUGGAACAGGAGCGCGCGGCGGCGGCAGCACCGAUUGGGCUCUUGGAGACGCCGGUGCCGGGGACUGGCGUGCAGACGGUGGCGGGGGUGGCGCUGGCAGAGCCACCGGCGGCGGUGGCGCCCCCGGCGGCGCGGCACAGGGCGCGGCGGUGCACUUCCUGUGCACGAGGCAGCCCGGGAUCGCAAGGCUGCUUCCCACGGCUGCGGCCGCGGCUGCGACUGUGGCUGAAGCAGGAGCAGGAGCUCCGCGUAUGGGCGGCGGCCGGCGGCGGCAUGUGGUGGUGGUGAUGCCGGAGGAAGUGGUGGUGUGGUCAGCGCAGCAGUAGCGAGCUAGGAAGCUAGCGUUGGGUCAUUGGGUGCCGUACGGUACGGUGCGUGGCACAUGCGGCACCCACCUGCUAUGCCUCCCUCAGGUGUGGCCAGCGCCGUGGUCGAGGGCUCUCCACACAGCCCUAUUUUGCAUGUGUCACAUGGGGGGUUGCAUGGGGUGCGAUGGUGGCCCUGCAUCUCUAAAGAUGCCUGCCACACACAUGUAUGCCCUGGCACCCCGUCCAUGCAUGGUGCGUCGCACGGGCAACAACAUUGUCAGGUGUGCCUAGUUGUUGUGACUACCGGUAACAAACCUAAGUUGAGCAACAGUUGUAAGUUUUACGGGCG